AUGCCCUCUGCCCUCCCAAGGACCCGCAGGACCUCCAACCCGCAGGACCUCAGGACCUCUGCAGGACCUCAACCCGCACCUCCAACCCGCAGGACACAAACCGCAGGACCUCCAACUCAACCCGCAGGACCUCCAACCCGACAACUCAACCCACAGGAUCUCCAAACCCCAAGGACCUCCAACCUGCAGGACCUCCAACCCGCAGGACCUCCAACUCAACCCGCAGGACAUCCAACCCGCAGAAACUUCCAACUCAACCCGCAGGGGCCUCCAACCCAAGACAAAAUAGCUAAUCAGACAGACCACACCAUCCCACGCGCCAUCCAGGAGCCCCGAACCCAUGCCUCUCCCUUCGUUCCCAAGGACCCGCAGGACCUCGCAGACCUCCAACCUGCAGGACCUCCAACUCAACCCGCAGAACCUCCAACCCGCAGGACAGCCAAACCGCAGGACCUCCAACUCAACCCGCAGACCUCCGGACCUCCAACCCGCAGAAACCGCAACUCCAACCCGCAGGACCUCCAAACCCCAACCUCCAACCUGCAGGACUCCAACCCGCGACCUCCAACUCAACCCGCAGGACCCAACCCGCAGGACAUCCAAUUCCCGCAGGACCUCCAACCCGCAGGACCUCCAACCAACCUCCAACUGACCUCCAACGACCGCAGGGAACGGACUCCAACCUCUCCAACCCGCAGGACCUCCAAUUCAACCCGCAGACCUCGCAGGACCUCCAACCACAGGACCUCCAACCCGCAGGACCUCCAACUCGACCCGCAACCUCCAAGCAGGACCUCUCAACCCGCAGGACCUCCAACUCAACCACAGGACCUGCCAACUCCGCAGGCAGGACCUCCAACUCAACCUCAACCCGCAGGACCUCUAACCCGCAGGACUCCAACUCAACCCACAGGACCUCCAAAGGACCUCCCUCAGGACCUCGCAGGACUCCAACUCAAGGACCUCCAACCCGCAGGACCUCCAACUCAACCCGCAGGACUUCUUAACCCGCAGGACUUUCAAAACUCAACCCACAGGACCUUGCGGCAGGACUCCAACUUCCAACCCGCAGGGAGGACUCUCAACCCGCAGGACCUCCAACUCAACCCGCAGGACUUCUAA